GUUGCGAAAUCGACAAAAGCACCUCCCGUCAAGAAACGAACUUCUCCUUCAAACAAGUUUCUAGAGGCCCUGGAUCAAAUUGAAAGAGCCGUGUAUGAGGCUCAGGCUGCCGGAUCUCGAUACCACUACAGUACUCGUCGUCUAAAAAAUAUCAAGGCAAACAUCAAACUAGCGACGCAGAAACGGAACUAUUUGUUCGCCCGUCAGUCUCUUGGCCUUGGUAUAUAUUCAGCGAUGCAGCUGGCAAAAAAAAUUGGAAGAAAGAGACGAACUGCAACCAGCAAUGCUGUGAAAACGUUUAUGGAUUCGAUCAAAAAGGAGCUUGGUCCUUCUAUGUUUGACACCUUCAUGAGUGUAAAUGGCGAUGUCACCCUUAUGUUUGCAAUUGAUGACACUGGAAGUAUGAGGGAAGAAAUACAGGCAGCCAAAGAUAUCGCAAAGUCCAUUGUUCAUCAUGAUAGGGAUGAGACCGUUGACUAUAUUUUAUCGCCUUUUAAUGAUCCAGGUAAGCGAAUAAGGAUUUGCAACGUCGUUAAAUACGUUAGUGUUCACCCUUGGGCGAAACAAGCGUGCCGCAAAAUAGGCUUAGAAGGGCUCGAAGAGGGAGUUCUUGUAAUAUUUUAAUACUAAACGCUUGAAAAACAGCCUGUGAUGAGCUCAACAAGACGAUGUAAAUACAAUGUAAUAUACAGUAUGCUAUCCAUCCCUCCAGGUAAUUCUAGGCACAUCUCUCUUGCACUAAAACCUGAAAUGGAUUACGUUUUGAUACUUUGAGAUUGAAUAUUAUUGAAGAAAUGUACAUGUGCAAGAAAAAGGCAAAAGUCUUGGUGAUUGCUUCUGGAGCUGUGAACGAGUAUCGUUUAAGUUUUACGAAAGAAGUGUCGCCUGGCAACUCAGAGGCGGUUGUCAUUAAAUAUAUAUACGACCGGAUUUUCCUAAUCUAACUCUUCUAGAAGGUGUAUGAUUUAACCAACGUUUUGUUUUAGGAACGGGACCAGUUACAUACAGGAGCCCUGGCCAAAAAGAAGAGUUUGUCACUGACAUAGACAAGCUUCACCACCAUGCAGGUGGAGACUGCCCAGAGCUGACAUUCAAAGGAAUUCUAGACGCGAUGGCUGAAAGUCCAAAUUAUGGCUCACCGCUGUACGUCUUCACAGACGCCACUGCUAAGGACUAUACGAAAGAAAAUCUUGAAGAAGUACUUUCGGUUGCUGAAGAAAAUGGCAUAACUAUAAACUUUUUUACCACUGGUCUGUGUGGCCGCUCUUCUUAUGAGCCAUUCGAAGAAAUGGCAAAAGAAACGUGUGGUCAACUGUUGAAACUUCCGAAUGCUAAAGAGCUGAGGAAGCUGUCUGGUGUAACUGCUGGGGCACUGGCAGGAGCAACAUGUCUGGAAAAAUGGGAAAACUGGAAGUACAAGCGGAAAGAAGAAGAGGAGUCUGUCAAGAUACACAUACACAAUUCCUAUUGA